GUUUCCAAAGCAGCAUACUUUUUAAAAAAUAAUAAUAAUCUUACAAUUAUUGAGCUCACAAUUUAUUAUUAAAUUUAGUUAUUAAUUAUUAAUGGCUUUUCAAUAUGGUUUUAAUUCGUUCAACUAUCAGGACUACUUUGAAAGAAGUGCAUCAUUCCUCGCCGAGCACCGAUGGAUCUUCGAGCAAUCCAAUACGAAGUUUGUGCAAGCCGGCACUCUGGAUGUGCUACCCUCCACGUGGAUUCAAGACUUGAAGCGCGCCAACAACGACGAGCUAAACGCAAUUCCUCUGGGACACGUGUGUGGAGACUGGUGUGAUGAUCUCAAAAGAUUCCUGAAGGUGGUUAAAAGUCUAUCGGUUGAAUAUGAGCAAAGAUGUGAUACUUGCAGUGAGAAGCCGGCAAUGGCGAAAGGAAUAAGUCCCAAAAAAAUGUAUGAGAUCCAAAACUUGACCAGUCUGAUUGGAGAAAUUUGUGACCGCAACGAAACGUUGCUGGAUUUUGGUUCAGGAUUGGGCUACCUGAGUCAACAUAUUAAUGCAGUACAUCAGUUCAGGGUUCUUGGCCUAGAAGGAGACUCCUAUCGUGUUCAAGCUGCACACAAAAGGCAAGCAAACAUGUUUCCUAAUUCCCUGGAAAAAGUGAAGUACGUUCAACACUUCAUUCAGGAGAACUCAUUUGAUCAAAUUAAGGAAGCUUUAACAUCAGCGUUUCCAGAUGAACUAAACCCCUCAAUAGCAAUCGUUGGUCUUCACGCUUGUGCCGAUUUGUCUGUUACCGCCAUCAAGAUGUUCCUUUUCAACGAAUAUGUCACCAAGCUCAUUAUAAUGCCAUGUUGUUAUCACAAAUUAGCUUUUGACGAAGAACAUUGUUCCAAGUUCAAGAACUUCCCCAUCAGCCAAAAACUAAAAGAAGCCAAAGAACCACAUAUCAAUUUCAUUGGAAGGCCGUUUCUACGCUUAGGAUGUCAACAAACCGCAUCUCGCUGGAAGAAUAUGACUGAAGAGGAACAUAUCUCGCAUGGGUUAGCCAUGUUUGAACGAAGUCUAGUGGAAGCACUUGUCAAACCAGGUCAAACUGUAACUAAGCGUAGGAGCAAAUCCGGCGGAGAAGAUGACAACUUAUUGGACAAAUUUUACCUUAGUGAUGCUUCAAAAAUAGGUCCAGAAUGUGACAUUCCGUGGGAUGACACGCAUCGUAACAAAUUCGAGGAGCUGAGUAAAAAAUACCCCGAUGGAGGUCAAUUAGCAGAAUUCCUGACCUGUCUACAGACUUGUUUACAGCCAGUAUGUGAAAACCUCAUCCUAUUGGAUCGAAUGUGUUACAUCGAAAUGGAGGCUAAAUACAGAAAUAUACCUGUACGAUGUAAUCUGAUAAAGUUUUCAAAUGACAACCUAUCUCCGAGAUGCUUUGUUAUAGUUGCCGAAAAGGUCACCAAGAUGCGAUAAUGGGUAGACUUGAUAUACAAUGUUUUCUCAAGAAUCAUAUUGAUUUUAUUCCAUA